AUGGGCGACCUCCGCUCAUCAACCCAAUUCCAUCAAUGGACGGCCGGAAAACGCACUGGGUUCCCUACCAGAUCCGACAGCUGUGCAACCAGCCCAGAUCUCGACGAGCCUGAGCAAGUACGACUAUCAGCCAUCAAACUAUCCGCUAUGACCAUGACAGCAGAGGAGAAGGAGAUGUCCCUCUUCCAGGACAGAUACAUGUCCUCAGAGGAAGAUCUAUCCCCAAUAGAGGUGGACUUGGACGACACAUUGAGCGUCAACGAUGAAGUUGCGGACUAUGUUACCGCCCGGCCUGCCACCAUCAGCCCUUCCAAGCCAAAGAAGAGCGGCGAUCUUGCCGUGGUCGUGUCAAUGGCGUCAGUUGGCCGGCCUAAGAUGGUGGAUCUCCCAUCGCCGACAGCCGUGGCGCGGACUUCACGCAUCUUCUCACUAGGAUCUCCGUCCCUGAUCACCAAGCCCUCCCAUUCCGACCUCGUGCGAACGUCUACUAGCAGCACAUCUUCGACGCCCCCAGUCAGCACAGCAGUACGGCCGCCCGCGCCUAGAGCGGUCUCAGUCCAACUCCUAUCGACCUCUCGAGCCUCCACAAGAUCUACCUCAACCGGCUCGGAAACACCGAGCUGGACCUCAUCAAUCACGAAAGCCGGCAGCUCGCACCGCUCCUCUUCACCACCAUCUAUCCUCAAGCCCUCGAACCCUCCCUACAGAUCCUCCCUAGCCUCGAUUCCGCUCACAUCCGCCUGUCCAACGUUGAAGGCUGCCACCAGCGCCCAAUCCCCUCCACUCGCAUACACAAGGCCAAAAACGCCCUCCUUCCUGAGUUCCGAUCCGUUCCCGUUGAUUCACGAAGCAGAUGCUGCGCCGAAGUCGUCACAUAGCCGCCUCCGCAGUUUGUCCCGCGUGUUCUCAACCGCCCGCAUGGCCGUAUCGAACAGCAAGAAGGACACAGAUAGUAGGAAUGGCACAACGAAUAACUCCAGACCAAGCACACCGACCGUAUCCGCGCCUCUCCCCCGGCGGCCCUCGAUGACCAGACCACGAACGGCGGGAGCUGGCGCAAGGGCCUCGGUCAUGCUGCCGCUGAAGAUACCGGGAGAUAGUGCCAGCGAGUGGGAUAAGCCGCGGUCGAAGCCGAAGAUGGUGGCGAGAGGCGCAGCGGAAAGGGCACCGACGAUCGAGCUCCCGCCGUUUCCGGACGAGGAGGAUGAUAAGGAGGUAGAAUUCAAGCGGAAAAGGCUCGGGAGAAGGAAGAGCUUCCUGGGGUUGAUAUGA